CACGUAACAUUCAAGUAAUAGGAGUUAAAGUGCGAAGGUAGCAAACACAUAGAUAAUUACGAACAAACUCCAUAGCUACUGAUCUCUGAAUUCUUUCCAUUCAAUGAUCCAUGAUUAGAACAUGAAGUGAAUGAUUCCUCGCCGUACAAUAGGUUAACAGGAUUCCAUCACAUGACAAGGACGUUGCAGCAUCUUCCAGCCACUGAUAAGCCGAAUUCCGCCACUUUAAAUUUGAGCGAUCGAUUCAAUCCACGUUCCAGUUCUGUUUGUGUCGUCGUACUGAUCGGGCGGUUGAAAGUGUUUCGUUGCGCCGCGUGGUUAAUAGUGCCUUUAGUGAGUGACGAGUUGUGAUCAAAGUGCUAAUCUUAUAAUGUGUAAUUAAAAAUAUUGAAAUACAAAUCAAUUAUAAAUCGAAGCUUAGUGAUACCGUUUGAAACAAUGCAGCGGACUGUGAUAAAUAAAUCGAUCAUUGGUCUCCAGACCAUGGCCAACAAGCAUCGGUCAUUGUUGUCCGUGUUGGCCAAUCAAGUGAAUAGCAACAAACAACUGCUACGUUGUAUGGCCACUGUGGAAGAAGUAUUUCCUAAUAAGCCGGAUUUUGCGUCACGCCACAUUGGACCCCGGAAAACUGAUGUCGUUACCAUGCUGAACUCGAUCGGAUUUAAGUCCCUUGAUGAGCUCUCCGAGAAAGCUGUACCGGCUGCUAUAAAGUUUAACCGUAUUUUAAACAUUGAAGAUCCUUUAAAUGAACAUGAACUGAUCGAUCGCAUUCGAGCCAUAGCAAGUAAAAACGAAGUAUGGAGGUCCUAUAUCGGUAUGGGUUAUUACAACUGCCUUGUUCCCCAUCCAAUACUUCGAAAUAUUUUUGAAAAUCCCGGAUGGACCACCCAGUAUACCCCAUACCAGCCAGAGAUCAGUCAAGGUCGACUAGAAUCUCUACUGAAUUUUCAAACCUUGGUAACUGAGCUCACGGGUCUGGAGAUUGCCAACGCCUCGCUACUAGACGAAGGAACAGCUGCAGCCGAAGCGAUGAGCCUGUGCCAUCGCUUCAACAAACGCAAGAAGAUUUUUAUCUCUAGGAAAUUGCACCCGCAAACCGUCGAGGUCGUAAGAACACGUCUGGAAGCCUUCGGCGUAGAAGUAUUGGUUGGAUCUGUAAAACACAUCGACUUUGCAGAUCAUGAGAUAUCAGGCAUAUUAUUACAAUACCCUGAUACAUUCGGGGACGUUCAAGACUUUGAGCAAGUUUCGGCAGAUUGCAAGAAGAACGGUACUCUUGUUGCAGUGGCAACGGAUCUUUUAGCAUUGACUCUUCUCAGAUCACCGGCUGAGUUUGGAGCAGAUAUUGCCAUUGGAUCUGCGCAACGGUUUGGUGUUCCGCUAGGGUACGGUGGACCACAUGCAGCCUUCUUCGCAUGUCGUCAGAAGCUGACUAGGCUUAUUCCUGGAAGAAUGAUCGGUGUCACAAGGGACAUGGAUGGCCAGGAUGCAUAUCGAUUGGCCCUACAGACACGAGAACAACACAUAAGAAGGGAUAAAGCCACUAGCAAUAUAUGUACAGCUCAGGCCCUUUUAGCAAAUAUGGCAGCUAUGUAUGCCAUCUAUCAUGGACCGGAAGGAUUGAAAAAUAUUUCUAACCGGAUUCACAACUAUGCUUUAACACUUAAUGCAGGAUUAAUUAAAGCCGGCCACGAACAAGUAAACAAAGCGUUCUUCGACACAUUGCACGUUAUACCACAUGGAAUGAAUACGACAGAAGUAAAGGCUAGAGCUGAAGCCAAAAAAAUAAAUUUGCGCUAUUUUAGUGAUGACUCAAUUGGCGUUUCUAUUGACGAAACGGUAAAAACUUCAGAUAUUGCGGAUCUCCUAUGGGUGUUCAACUGUCCUGACGUAGAAACUACACUGGCAGAUCCGUUAGCGACAGCAAUGUCGGUACACAAGACUCAAUUUAGACGAACUUCGCCUUUCCUGACCCAUCCAAUCUUUAACAAGCAUCACAGUGAGUCGCGAAUGGUGCGUUAUAUGAAGCAACUCGAGAACAAAGACAUUUCGCUCGUACACUCAAUGAUACCAUUAGGAUCAUGCACAAUGAAACUUAAUUCUACCACUGAAAUGAUACCGUGUUCAUUCCCGAACUUUACGGAGCUACAUCCUUUUGCUCCGAUUGAGCAGGCAAAGGGCUACAAACAGAUGUUUGAUGAGUUGGAGAAAGAUCUGUGUGAAAUCACGGGGUAUGACAAGUUUUCAUUCCAGCCAAACAGCGGAGCACAAGGAGAAUAUGCUGGACUAAGAGCUAUUCGAAGCUAUCAUGAGUCACGAGGGGAGCCUAACAGAAACAUUUGUCUAAUCCCAAUCAGCGCUCAUGGAACAAAUCCUGCUUCAGCGCAAAUGGCCGGUAUGCGUGUUGAGGCCAUCAAAGUUAACAGUUGCAACGGAACGAUCGACACUGUUCACCUGAAGGAAAAAGUCGAGGAACAUUCCCAAAAUCUGUCUUGCUUAAUGAUUACUUAUCCUUCAACCAAUGGAAUUUUCGAGGACAACGUUGUGGAUGUUUGCGAGCUUGUUCAUAAAUAUGGAGGUCAGGUAUAUUUGGAUGGCGCCAACAUGAAUGCACAAGUCGGACUGUGUCGCCCCGGGGAUUUCGGAAGCGACGUGUCUCAUCUGAAUCUUCACAAAACAUUUUGUAUUCCCCAUGGAGGUGGUGGUCCCGGGAUGGGCCCGAUUGGUGUAAAAAGUCAUUUGGCGCCAUUCCUGCCAAAUCACCCGGUGGUAGAUCCAUUAGCUGGAAUAGAGAACAAAAGCUUCGGCGUUGUAAGCGCAGGGCCAUACGGAAGUUCCUCUAUUCUACCGAUUUCAUGGUCAUAUAUUAAGCUUAUGGGUGGACGUGGCUUGCGUCGAGCAACCCAAGUUGCCAUCCUCAACGCCAACUACAUGUCGAAACGAUUGGAGAACCAUUUCAAAACUCUCUACACAGAUCCCAACACUGGUCUCGUGGCUCACGAAUUUAUUAUGGAUGUGCGAGAUUUCAAGAAAACUGCCAAUAUUGAAGCCGUGGAUAUAGCUAAGCGUUUGAUGGAUUACGGAUUCCAUGCCCCAACAAUGUCGUGGCCCGUAACCGGAACUCUUAUGGUGGAGCCUACUGAAUCCGAAGAUAAGGAAGAAUUGGAUCGGUUUUGUGAAUCUAUGAUUUCAAUUCGCAAGGAAAUUGAAGAUAUCGAAGAGGGUCGUCUGGACAUACGGGUUAAUCCUCUUAAGAUGGCUCCGCAUACACAGAAACAGACUAUCUCUUCAGAUUGGAAUCGACCUUAUACCAGGGAACAAGGAGCUUUCCCAGCGCCAUUUGUCAAACCAGAAACCAAAGUGUGGCCAACUGUCGGACGCAUCGAUGACCUCUACGGGGACAAACACCUGGUUUGUACUUGCCCUCCUAUGGUUCCAGAUUACGAAUAAUGUUGCUGUGAGUGCUGAUGGUGUGAAAUAAGCCAAGAUAUGAGAAUUGCGUUGUUUAUCAAUUCAUCAUGAAAGCCCAAUACUUUGUUUUUUAGAAUUGAUUUGAGAAUUAAAAUAAAGAACAUAUUUAACCAAUGUCAUUGAAA